GUCCAAAGCCUGUGGUAGUUCCUACUUGCAUCCAUCUGCACAGAUGACCCAACAGGACGCAGCCAUCACAAUCCGCAAAGGCGUGUUAAGCGACCUUGUGACUAUUGCAGCCUUCAACAUGGCCAUGGCCAAGGAGACCGAGGACCUGGACCUGCCAGAGGCAACCGCCCACGCGGGCGUGCUCGCUGUGCUGGAGGGCAAAACGCACGCGGCGUAUUACCUGCUGGAGCAGUCGGGGGAGGUCGUGGCGCAGCUGAUGAUCACACUGGAAUGGAGCGAUUGGCGAGCCUCCGACAUCUGGUGGAUCCAAUCUGUGUACGUUAGGCCAGACUGCCGGCGCCGGGGCCACUUCCGGGCACUGUACGCGCACGUGCGGGAGGAGUGCCGGCGGGCGGGUGCCUGCGGGCUGCGGCUGUACGCGGACACUGGGAACGAGCGGGCACACGCCGCGUACGAGGGCCUGGGCAUGAGCAGCCACUACAAGGUGUUUGAAGACAUGUUCACCCAGUACUGAUUUGGCAGCACACGCCAAGAUCGGUACAUGAUAAUGGGCUCCAAAGACGUUCGGCUGGACCGCCAGCACCUGAUGAUCUGGAAGGACGCGGAGCGCGGCACAGCUUACUGGGCUGACAGCCACGCGCAAUCUAGCGCAGCCAAGCGGAGCCUGGCGCAGCCUGGCGCAACCGUGCACUCGCAUUCGUGCGCGCACCCCCGCUCCUCCUUGGCGGGCGUAUACCUGCGCACCGGUCUGUGCCGCUUUGUGUACCGCGCCUCCCCCCACCCCCCCGCGCCUCAGUUUGCACACGCGCGUCAUCAAUGCCUGGCCUUGCUUGAGCCAAGGAGCAGCUCAUGCCGCAAGCAGAUACACUUGGUGUGCCAGCGGUACCGAAUUACCCACAACACCCAGUUACGUUGCAAACUACUGGAGUGGGCUUGAGUGUGCUGCCUACACAUCUAUGUUUGCCAAGAUUGGACAUUGGGUUCUCUACGUUUGGCGCAAGUGGCAGACUGCGCAUCGUGU